UGUUUACUUUUUAUUUGAAUUACAUCUUUUUCUGAGUAGAGUUUCAUGUUGAUUUGGAAGCUACAAAAAUCUAUCGAUCAAAUAACAGUACUUAUAUACAACAUUGUAUAAGACAAUGCGUUUCCGAGGUGACACAACUUCUACAAGCAAAAUCCACACAAGUGGAGAUGUGACCUGUAAGCGAGGCGUGGACGAGACAAAAUUAGCCGGGGAAGCGUCGGCUUGCAAGAAAAAGGAGAGAUGGGGAAAGAGGGCUAUUAUAUGGAGUUGGACAUGGAAGCUAUGUUUGCUGAAUAUCAUUUUGUUCUACACAAUCUUCCCAAUUCUUGUUUAUUUCAUCCCUGACUUUGCUUUCCAACUUAUUUUCCUCAAUUAUCUCAAGUGUCCUGUAUUCAGAGACUACCAUGCUCCUGAGGUAUAUGGAUUGAAAGGAGCAAGGAAUGUAUAUUUACCUUCUACCAAUGGAGUUCAGCUUGGAGUGUGGCAAAUUCUUCCAACUUCUGUAAGACCUGCCAGAGAAGAUGAUGAAAUAUCAGCAGAGUUCUUUGAUAAAGCAUUAAGAGACCAUAGACCAGUGAUUAUGUACUGCCAUGGCAUUUCAGGUUCAAGAGCAAAUCCACACCAAGUAGAAUUGUAUAAAUUAUUGAUAAGACUUGGAUUCCAUGUUGUUGCUGUAGACUACCGAGGAUAUGGAGAUUCAUCAAGUUAUACAACUCCGGAUGGUAUUCAUGAUGAUGUAAGAACAGUGUAUAGAUGGCUGAGAGAAAGGACAGGGGAUUCCCCUUUCUACAUCUGGGGACAUUCCAUUGGAGCCGGAAUAUCCACAGUAUUCACUUCAAAAAUAUGCAGAGAAGAGGGAUGUCCUACAGGUCUAGUCUUAGAAGCACCAUUCAACAACCUUCUAGAUGAGGUCAUGAGACAUCCAUUUGGAAUGCCAUGGAACAUUCUUCCAUACAGCAGAGGUUACUUUGAUCAAGCUUUUAAUUCUACAGCUCCAUACUUUCAGAGUGACGUUAACAUAGAGCAUGUGACAUGUCCUAUUCUUAUUCUCCAUGCUGAAGAUGACUGGAUUGUACCACAUGACCUAGGAAGGAAGCUUUAUGACAUAGCUGUUGAAAGAAGACCAGCCUCAGCCGAUCCAAUCCAAAUGGUUUCAUUUCAUAGUGAAGAGGGCUGUGGACAUAAAAACAUUGCUUAUUCAUCGAAGCUACCAUCUAUUUUGAGUGAUUUCAUCAAAUGAGGAACCAGAGGUUGUCAAUGAAACCCAGUAGCUUCCAAGCCAUAUGUGUGUGCAGCUGUUUUUUUAAUAUUCUUUGUGGUGCUUCAACUUUUAAAUAUGUGAUUUUAGUUUCUGACUAUUACCUCCUACGGUGUAGAUAAGAUAUCUAAGUACCUCUUGUUGCCAUGUCACCUCAUGUAAACAGGGUUGAUUUCAUUCAUUAACAUCGGUCUGAUGUAGACAACCAAACACUCUUGGUAUUCAGCUCCAUAACAUAAAGAUUGCUGUGGGGUUGAUUUCAAUAUUGAUUUCAUUGAUUAUUGUGUAUGAAUGAUCAAUAAUAAAAUCUCUCCCAUAACAAUUCACUAAGCUUUAUGUUAUGAGGACCCAGAUAAAAGUAGAUAUGCUUAGUAGACUUGUUAAGAGGUUGUACGCUGCAUUUUUUAGUACAAAUGUCCCACUUGGCACAAAUGUUCUUUGAGUCAAAAUAAAAAGAUUUAUCCAAAGAGACACGCUGUAUCUAUGCAAAUAAGCAAGUAAUUUGCAUAAAUUUGCAUAUUAUGUCGAUAUAGUAAAAACAAGUAUUUCAGAAUAUAUAUUUAACCAGAACUGCCCUAAAAUUGGAAAUAAAGAGUUAGGGUAAGAAAGGGAAGAAAAUUGUCAUAAAAUAAUUGGGAUAUCCUUGUUUAUUAUUACCUAAUUUACAUUAAUUAUGCAAAUUAUAAUUUAAAACAGAGUAUUUUUCCAUGAAUCCUGAAUUGUUUUAUAAAUAACAGCAAUUAAUACACAAUGUCAACAUUCUACAUGAAAGAGAAUAUAUUAGCGAAAACAUCUAUAUGCUUCAUGACAGUAUUAGUGUCUUAAUUUGCUUAGAAAGAGGGCAAAUAUGUCAAAAUGUAUGACGUGAUAUUGCGCUAAAACGAGACCAAAACAAGCUCUAUGUCACAGUCACACUCACGA